AUGACGAGGACUUCAAGACGCGUCUCAGAUCUUGGUGUGGAUUAUUCGUCUCAAUCCAUCAAGGCAAUAUUUAUUUCAUUCACCAAACAGCUCGCGAGUUUCUCCUCGCAGAUUUGGCAUUGCCCACAGCUGUUUCGUCAGCGCUGCACUGGCAUCACUCCAUCAUGA